AUGGAUGAAAGGAUUCAGAGAAAGGUGGAGAAACUGGAACAGCAAUGCCAGAAGGAAGCAAAGGAAUUUGCCAAGAAAGUACAAGAGCUGCAGAAAAGCAACCAGGUUGCCUUCCAGCAUUUCCAAGAACUAGAUGAGCACAUCAGCUAUGUAGCAACUAAGGUCUGUCACCUUGGCGACCAACUGGAGGGGGUAAACACGCCACGGCAACGGGCAGUGGAGGCUCAGAAGCUGAUGAAAUACUUUAAUGAGUUUCUGGAUGGAGAGCUGAAGUCUGAUGUUUUUACAAACUCUGAAAAGAUCAAAGAGGCAGCUGAUAUUAUUCAGAAACUGCAUUUGAUUGCACAGGAACUGCCUUUUGACAGGUUUUCUGAAGUAAAAUCAAAGAUAGCAAGUAAAUACCAUGAUUUAGAGUGCCAGCUAAUUCAAGAGUUUACCAGUGCACAGCGGAGAGGCGAAAUCUCCAGAAUGAGAGAAGUAGCAGCAGUUUUACUUCAUUUUAAGGGCUAUUCCCAUUGCGUUGAUGUGUACAUAAAACAAUGUCAAGAGGGUGCAUUCUUGAGGAAUGAUGUCUUUGAAGAUGCAGCCAUUCUUUGCCAGCGAGUGAAUAAGCAAGUUGGAGAAGUCUUUAGCAAUCCAGAGACUGUCCUUGCCAAACUCAUUCAAAAUAUCUUUGAAGUUAAACUUCAGAGUUAUGUGAAGGACCAGCUGGAAGAACACAGGAAAUCAGAUGCAGAACAAUAUCUUAAGAAUCUGUAUGAUCUAUACACAAGAACCACUAAUCUGUCAAGCAAAUUGAUGGAAUUUAACCUGGGUACUGAUAAACAGACUUUCUUGUCUAAGCUUAUCAAAUCCAUUUUCAUUUCCUACUUGGAGAAUUACAUUGAGGUGGAAAUUGGUUAUUUGAAAAGUAGGAGUGCUAUGAUUCUGCAACGCUAUUACGAUUCCAAAAACCACCAGAAGAGGUCUAUUGGCACUGGAGGGAUCCAGAUCCACAAAAGGACUGAAGCAAAAUUAAGUAUUCAAGACCUCAAGGAGAGAAUCAGGCAACGUACAAACUUACCAUUGGGGCCAAGUAUUGACACACAUGGAGAAACUUUUCUGUCGCAAGAAGUGGUGGUUAACCUUUUGCAAGAAACUAAACAGGCUUUUGAAAGGUGUCACAGGCUCUCAGAUCCAUCUGAUUUACCAAAGAAUGCCUUUAGAAUUUUUUCUAUGCUUGUAGACUUCUUAUGUACUGAACACAUUGAUUAUGCUUUAGAAACAGGCCUUGCUGGCAUUCCUUCUUCUGAUUCAAAGAAUGCAAAUCUUUAUUUCUUGGAUGUUGUCCACCAGGCCAAUACUAUUUUCCAUUUAUUUGACAAACAGUUCAAUGAUCAUCUGAUGCCAUUGAUCAGUUCUUCUCCUAAAUUAUCUGAAUGCCUUCAGAAGAAAAAGGAUAUCAUAGAACAAAUGGAAGUGAAGCUGGAUAUGGGCAUUGAUAGGACACUGAAUUGUAUGAUUGGACAGAUGAAGCACAUCUUGGCUGCAGAGCAAAAGAAGACAGAUUUCAAACCAGAAGAUGAAAACAAUGUUUUGAUUCAAUAUACUAAUGCUUGUGUUAAAGUCUGUGGCUAUGUUAGAAAGCAAGUGGAGAAGAUUAGGAAUUCUAUGGAUGGUAAGAAUGUGGACACAGUGUUGAUGGAGCUGGGAGUUCGUUUCCAUCGACUGAUCUACGAACACCUACAGCAAUAUUCCUACAGUUGCAUGGGAGGCAUGUUAGCUAUUUGUGACGUGGCUGAAUACAGGAAGUGUGCCAAAGACUUCAAGAUUGCACUGGUGUUGCAUCUCUUUGAUACCUUGCAUGCACUUUGCAAUCUCCUGGUGGUAGCCCCGGAUAACUUAAAGCAGGUUUGCUCAGGAGAACAACUUGCCAACCUGGACAAGAACAUCCUUCACUCCUUUGUUCAGCUGCGUGUUGAUUAUAGGUCUGCUCGUCUUGCUCGUCACUUCAGCUGAGAGCACAGAAAGAACUGUUGCACUUUUGGGCAGGCCUCAGUUGUUAGCAAACACGAGGAAUGAUUUCUUACCAAACCAUGGCUGUAACUUUUGUGGGAUAGUGACUUCAGGAUAAAGAAGCAGCAGCCAUAUUUAACCAUGACUAUGUAGAAGGUGAGCAGGUGAAAAUCUGAAUGAUAUUUCAUGUAAGCUGAAGUUCUCCCAGUGAAGAAUUUUGAAAAUCUACUUGCUACUGAUUUUCUUUUUUUAUUUUUAAAUUGGAAACAUGUCAAUGUAGGAAACCAAGUGGUGCAUUGAAAGUCUUUGAGUCUUCAUUAUUGAAUUAUCAGAUACUGUUUGUUAGCCUUGAACUACAGAGCAUAGCAUAGGUAAUGGAUUACAUAGAAUAGACCAGUGUAAAAACAUCCUUCAUCAAUUGUAAUGACUUAGACUUCAGCACAGCUAAUCAUAACCAAAUUAUCUUUGAUUGGUGUUUCUAAGUCAUUUCUUUCAUUUAAAACAUUAUCCUGCUCAAUGUAAUUUCUUGCUCUAAUUAAUUAGCUUGGAAUUUCUUUGAGAUGUAGAAGUAACACUAUCCCAGAAAGAUCUAAUUUAUUCAUUGUGUGGCAUUCUAAACAGAACUAAAUUGGUGAAAAGUUUUGGGGAGUUUUUUUUUGUUAUUUGGGGGGGGUGUGUUUUUGUAUCUAAUAUUCAGGGGCCCACCAGGACAUGUUGGCAUUGUAUGAUCUGACAUUUUUGUGUGGUUGAUACCAGCACACUGAGUUUUAUAUCUACUCCUAAGGGAAUGCAGCCGCCUUGCCUGAGGC